AUGAAGAUCUCGUACUUGUCUGUUGGGCUUCUCGCCCUGUUCAGCCCCUUGGCUGCUGCUUGGAGCAAGGAGGAUCGCGAAAUCUUUCGCAUUCGCGAUGAAAUCUCCCGCUUCGAGCCCGAUCCCGCCGCGACCUUUUACGACAUCCUCGGCAUCUCCAACUCUGCCUCGCUCGACGACAUCACAAAGGCCUACCGCAAGAAGACGCGCUCUCUGCACCCCGACAAGGUCAAGCAGCAGAUGCGCGCCAAGGCCGGCAAGGACAAGAAGGCUGGUGCUAAGCCUCCCACUCCUGCUGAGAUCAAGACCGCUGUUAAGAAGGCUGGUGAGGCUCAGGCUCGUCUGUCUCUGAUCGCCAACAUCCUGCGCGGACCCGAGCGCGACCGAUAUGAUCAUUUCCUCUCCAAUGGCUUCCCUCUGUGGAAGGGUACCGACUACUACUACAACCGUUACAGACCUGGUCUGGGUACUGUCAUGAUUGGCCUGUUCUUUGUUGUUGGAGGUGGUAUUCACUACCUGACCCUGUACAUGAGCUGGAAGCGUCAGAAGGAGUUUGUCGAGCGCUACAUCAAGUUUGCCCGUGACACGGCCUGGGGUGGCGGUCUCAACAUCCCCGGCGUCGACGCUGCCCCUGCUCCCGCUCCCGCCCCUGUUCCCUCUGACGAUGAGGAAGCCCCUCCUCCUAUUCCUCAGAACCGACGAGAGCGCCGUAUGCAGGAGAAGGCUGCCAAGCGUGAGGGAGGUCGCCCCGCUCCUAAGAAGACCCGUCGGGCUCCCCAGCCUGCCUCUGGAACUGCUACCCCUGAUACUGCUGGUCCUACUGGUGCUCGCCGAAGGGUUGUGGCUGAGAAUGGCAAGAUCCUUGUGGUUGACUCUCUUGGAGAUGUGUACCUCGAGGAGGAAGACGAGGAAGGCCAGGUUAACGAGUUCCUCCUUGAUCCCAACGAGCUCGCCAAGCCCACCUUCAGCGACACCGCCGUUGUCCGUGUUCCCAUCUGGUUCUUCAACAUCACCGCCGGCCGCUUCCUGUCCAAGAAGACCCCCGAGCUUGAGAUUGAGAUUCCCGCCGAUGAUGAUGACUCUGAUGUUCCCCAGCGAACACCCAGCACCGACUCUGCCGGUGAGGACUUUGAACUCCUCGACAAGAGCACCGACUCGCUUAGCAAGAGCAAGGCUUCUGGUGUUCAACAAGCCAAGGCCAACAAGCGAAAGGGCAAGAAGAGGUAA